UUGAGUACGUACAGCGCAUUUUUGGUCAGUCGCCAUUUUCACUAGCGAAAUAUCUAACGCUGAUCAAAUUUCGAAAGUAUUAAAUUCAGCGAAAUGGCGGCUAGGAGGCUUGGAAAGUCUGUUGUAGACUGGGCAGCGUUCGUAGAACGAGUUCCACCAAAUCAGAAGGGACAAUUCAACAGUCUAAAGGGCAAGUUUGACGCCUUGAAUGCCAGAUUGAGUCAGAUGCCAGAGCAAGCUGCAGUACCAAACUGGGAUGCUUAUCGCAAGUCAGUACCUGUUGCUGGACUAGUGGAUAAAUUUGAGAAAGAGUUCAGUGCACUGAAGGUCCCUUAUCCAGCUGAUACUGUGUCUGAUAACAUCAACAAACAAGAAAAGGAAAUGGAUGUGAUGGCAGCAGAAUUUGUCAAGGCUUCAAAUGAGCGUAUUGCAAAAUACACACAAGAGGUGAACAAGCUAGAAAGUAUGACCCCAUUCGAGGAGCUGACAGUGGAAGAAUUUGAUGAGAUGUUCCCUGAAGGCAAGAAGAUGAAGGAGAAGUACCCAUGGUGGCCACACAUCAACCUUGCAGAGUUAUAACCUCAACGACCUUUAACUUAGACCAACCGUAUCUUAAUAUGUAAUAUAGAGAUUUAUUCAAGCUUAUAUGCUUACACCAUUUUCGGCAUGAUAAGUCCAAAAUUGCCACUCAGAGAUGUCCAAUUAUGAACUGUUUUGUCCUAAAGGAUUGUCUUCAGUUCUUGUAGGAUUUUCAUGUGGAUAAGAAAUGGUUGAAUGCAUUCAGGUGUAACGUAACUUCACUUUUGAAGCAAUGUAAUUAAAAAAACACCAUGUAUUCAACUGGUAAGUUUUCAGAAGCAUGGCCCACUCUUUUAUUGAAAAUUAACUUUGUUGAAAUACUGUAUUACAGUUUGUGCUGGAUCUUUUACCUUCUCACAUGCUUUCAGAAAGAUCAAGAAAGUAAAAUGUUCAAGCCCCUUUGCACACACAAUUUGCUUCCCAAGAGAAUUGCUACAAUUACCAGUAUUUCUAUAACAAAGUCCAUAUGCCCAACACUGAUCUGAAUUUAAUGGAAAAUAUAUGUGAAUAAAUUUUGGGGGCGUGAUUUACCAAGGCUCCAUGAAAGAUUUUAGCCAUCUGUGAUGGUUAAAUUCAUAGUUAUGCUUUGAGAAUGUGUCCAUAUAUUUUAUUCAGUAUUGAAUUAAAACUGAUAUAACUGGAAAAUGA